AUACACUCACAAACACACAAGACUGGGAUAAGUUAUCAUACCACGAGUUACCCCACUCGUUCUCCGCGCCAAUACCGAAAGUAAGACGUAUAUUGUGUAGUGCGUUGCAGGAACUGUCUCAACCAGUUGCGUUACAGCUUACCCUAGACUUUCCUAGUACUCAAAACGAAGCUACUUUUCAAGGCCAACAACAUGGGUCUCUACAAAGGAGCUGUGUGUAUGCUUCUCGUGGUGUUUCUCUGUGCAGAGAGUCAUGGGGACGACAAAGCUGCGCAAGACAAUAAUCGAGUUGACCUGAUCUGCCCUAAUUCCGAAGAUAUUUCUCCCUGUGUCUGCUUCUCCUUUCCUGACAAGACUACACAUUUGGAUUGUUCUGCAGUUAGGAGCGAGGCUCAGCUGGCCGAACUGUUCUCCAGCUUAGCAGUCCCAGCCUUCACUUCACUGACUAUUGAGUACAAUACUGAUAUAAAAGUGCUGAGGGUUGGAGACUUGGGCAACGUCACCUUCCAAGAGAUUUACGUCCACGGUGGCGCUCUGGAGGAGGUGGAGAGCGGUUCUCUCUCCGCCAGUUACUCAAUCGCUCACAGCCUGGACUUCAGCUCCAACAGUCUUACGUCGUUCUGCUUUGAGGAUAUAAAACAGUUUACGAGCCUCCUGGACCUGAAUCUAAGCGACAAUAAGCUCUACGAGCUCCCACAAAUCUCAUCUCAGACGCUGACCUCCCUCAGUAUCGGAAAAAAUCCUUUGACAUCGCUGUCUCCCUCGGUAUUCAGUGACACUCCUUCACUACGAGCAAUCUCCAUUUUCGGUACAGAACUCAAUAACUUGUUCGCAGGAACAUUCAGCACCCUGGCCAACCUGACGUGGCUUAACCUGUCCGAGAAUGAGCUGACCCACAUCCACACAGACGCCAUUCACAUCAAGGUGUUCGGGGCCUCGAUUCACCUUGACUACAACAGCAUCAAGUACGUCCUUCCCGGUGGCAUAUCGGGUUUGAGAGGAGGGUUUGUGUACCUCUACACGAACAACAUCGUCGAACUAGAGGAGGAUGUGUGGCGUCCACUGCUGGAGGAGGGUAACACACUCGACCUCAAGGCGAACCCAUUGGCUUGCGGCUGCGACGUGGCUUGGCUGGUCAAGAACGCCACCCUCCUGCAGUUCGUGGACAGUAAGACUUCCUGCUCGAGCGGCGACCUGCUGGUCGACCUCGAUGCUGAGUAUUUGGACCUGGUGUGUUAAGACACUACUAUCACCAGAUGUAUUAGCACCUCUUCCUCCUCCUCUUCCUCCUCUUCUUCCUCUUCCUCUUCCUCCUUCUCCGCAUUCUCCUUCUCCUUCCAUUGAAGGGAAGGGGAAGGAAAAUCGUCGUCAUCAAUGACUGUCGCCAAUCGUCGUCAUAAAUAGUCAUCAAAGGUCACCACCAAUGAACGUCAUCAAAGGUCGCCAUCAACGGACAUCAUCAAAGGUCAUCAACGACUGGCCGUCUUCUAAAGUCGUCAUGUGGGGUUAGUCGUGCGUGCCUUGGAGAGGGAGAGAGCACCUUCAGUUCGAUGUGUCUAACUCGAGGAAGCUGCUGUGGGCCGCGUCGGUAUCUAACAGCCAUCUUCAGUUUCGGGAAUGCUGUCGCGGUCAACAAGGAACAUGACUCAGUACUCUGGCAAGGGCUGUGAAUCAAUACUCUGCUCGACAAGGAAUGCGACUCAGUACUCUGCUUGGGGCUCUGAUACCUUUCUUAAUUGGGAAGAAAUACGACGACACUUCACAGCAUUGUCCUCUUUCAAAAGUGUGAGUUAUUUGUGAACUGUUCCAGCCACGGUACUCUGGGUUACUUGUGAAUUGUUCCAGUGACAGUAUUAUGACUUGUGCUCUUCAUACGAAGCUUCAGAGCAGUAUGGAAAAUAUAGAACUUGUAAACUAAGCGACGUUGUCAUUUGCAAAGUUUCAAUAAUUCUUCAUUUAUUCCAUUCUUUCCUGUAUUCUCAUAUACCAGUUAUGAGACUAACACAUACUUGCUACCAUGAUCCAAAAGGAGCACCAGUACACUCGCUUCCACGAUCGGAGGGGAACGCCGAUGCACUAGCUGCAAUGAUUCAGGAGGGUCACGAACUUACCAUGACGGGUAAACAGCGCUAAAUAGCUCAGUACCUUGAUUGGAAAAGAGCAGUAAAAGAAACUCAUUAAAAUGAUCGGAAAAUAAUGCUCAAUUAUUAAGUACCACUAUAAAAGCAGAGUGCUAAGUUUCUUAUUACCAUGACUGAAAGAGUGCACUAAAGUACUAACUGCCACGAUCGGAAAAUAGCGCUCUUAUACUCACUUCCACAAUCAGGAAAGUCAGCAGAAAUUCUCACUACCUUGAACGGAACAUAACACCUCUAUUUUCAGUUCUACGAUUGGAAAUGACCGCUAAAUUAAUCUCUAACAAAUUACCCACUACCAUGAUACGUACCUCCCUAAACUGUCAUUGUUUUUUUUUUUUAGAAGUAAAUAACACUCAGAUGUACUUGAUCCUUGCGAGAGAGAGAUCUUUGAUGCUAGUGAAGGGCCCUUGAUCCAAAAAGCGGAACUUUACCUCCCAUUUCUCGAGACAAAUCUGAUUGUUUCCCACUUC